AUGGAGAAGUCACCGAUCAAAACUCCAUUAAGAAAGCUAAGAAGAAGAGGAACAAAACGGACCUGGAGACUGAAGCAAAAGCUCAAGCUGACAUGGAAGUCUAUCAAGAUCCGGGUCAGGUCAUAUCUUCCGGGUUUCUUGGCAACCAAGAAACGCCUCACACACGUGAAAUCACGAAACCAAGAACAAGAACUAGCUCAAGUUGCCCGGAAGGUCUGCAAAAUCUCCAACGACUCGACCAAAUCGCUGGCGUUUCUUCUUCAGCUUCCCAAAUAUUCAGCCGCCGAUUUUCUAGACCGCGGCGAUAUGAUGACUCCAGCUGCGUCUCCAAGGGAAAACAUAUCCAAAAUGUGGCGUGAGAUUCACGGUUCCAAAAACUGGGAGAAUCUUCUUGAUCCUCUGCAUCCAUGGCUGAGGAGAGAAAUAACCAAAUAUGGAGAAUUCGUGGAAUCAGUCUAUGAUUCACUCGACUUCGAUCCUUUAUCCGAGUUUUGCGGAAGCUGUAGAUACAACAGGAACAAACUCUUCGAAGAGCUUGGCUUAACCAGGCAUGGUUAUAAGGUAACCAAAUACAUCUACGCGAUGUCUCAUGUUGAUGUUCCUCAGUGGUUUUUAACCUCAUCUCUGGGAGAGACAUGGAGCAAAGACUCGAACUGGAUGGGGUUUGUUGCUGUGAGUGGAGACAGAGAGUCGUUGAGGAUCGGUCGGAGAGACAUCGUUGUCGCGUGGCGUGGAACCGUGACUCCCACGGAAUGGUUCAUGGAUCUUAGGACGAGCAAAGAGCCGUUCGAUUGUCAAGGAGAACAUGGCAACAACGUUAUCAAGGUGCAAAGCGGGUUUUUCAGUAUCUACAACUCGAAAAGCGAACUCACAAGAUACAACAAAAAGAGUGCAUCUGAGCAGACGAUGGAGGAAGUGAGGCGGCUAGUGAAUUUUUUUAAGGAUAGAGGCGAAGAGGUGAGCCUAACCGUGACCGGUCAUAGCCUUGGAGGCGCAUUGGCGCUUAUGAACGCUUACGAGGCGGCAAGAGAUGUUCCGGAGUUAUCUGGUAACGUUUCUGUAAUCUCGUUUGGUGCGCCAAGAGUAGGUAACUUGGCAUUUAAGGAAAGGCUAAAUAGCUUAGGUGUUAAGGUGUUACGCGUGGUGAACAAACAAGACAUUGUACCUAAGCUUCCUGGUAUCGUGUUCAACAAGGUUCUAAACAAACUCAACCCAAUUACUUCGAGGCUCAAUUGGGUCUACAGGCACGUCGGAACGCAGCUUAAGCUCGAUGUGUUCAGUUCCCCGUACCUAAAACGCGAUUCGGACUUAGCAGGGUCUCACAAUCUUGAGGUGUAUCUCCAUGUUUUGGAUGGCUUCCACCGCAAGAAAUCAGGGUUUAGGGUUAACGCCAGGAGAGACGUUGCGUCUGUGAACAAGAGCACGGAUAUGUUGUUGGAUCAUCUAAGAAUACCUGAGUGUUGGUACCAAGUGGCACAUAAGGGUCUGAUCCUCAACAAACAGACCGGCCGGUGGGUGAAGCCGGUUCGUGCGCCGGAAGACAUUCCCUCUCCGUUAUCGACCGGACCGAAACCGAUUUAUAGCUUAUGA